UCGAAACAUUCAAGCCCGAUUGCCUAUUUUGUUGUUUGCUAUGGCAUUAUGUGGUGGUGUAGCUGAGAAUGCUGGACAUUUAGAUUGGUCAAUAUAAUUCUUAAAAAGAACAUAGACAUUUCAGAGACUUUGGAAAGUAGCUCUAGUGAGAUUGGGAAAGUCGCAACAUAGCUCAUUUUUCUUUGGAAAAGACCUAGAAAAAUCCACGUGGGAAACACUAUACUACCGACCACGUCCCCCCUUUUCUUUCAAUUUUUCAUUUUAGACUACCACGUGUUCGGUGUUCAACACCAUUAUUCUAAGAAUCAUCCUUAUUAUAUAACCCCCACUUCCCCAUUCAAUAUAUCCAUCAUCUUCAACCUCUUGAAUUUCCAGAUCAAAAUCUUAGAAACUCCCUUAUACUCCUGUUCUGUUCCCUUCAAUGGCGUCUGCAAGCUCUCUCAAAGCCAUUUCUUCUCUGUAUCUCACCAAUCCAAUCAAGUCUGCUUCACCUUCUCAAACCCAAAGAUUGUUGGGUUUCAAUCUAACACACUCCUUCCCUGCCAUCAAGUCCACACCAAUCCACCAAGCCUCUUCAAACUCGAAGAGCUUCAACACCGCAGCUUUCUUCGGCCAGAAGCAGAAGACAGCAGAGCCCUCUACAAGACCCACUAAAGUUCAAGAGCUAAAUGUGUACGAGAUCAAUGAGCGAGACAGAGGCAGCCCUGCUUACUUGAGAUUGAGCAAGAAGGAGGUCAACUCACUCGGAGACCUAGUCCCAUUCAGCAACAAGAUCUACUCCGGUGACUUGGAAAAGAGGCUCGGGAUCACUUCAGGGCUAUGUGUGCUGAUCCAAAACGUGCCGGAGAAGAAAGGUGACCGGUAUGAGGCAAUCUACAGCUUCUACUUCGGGGACUAUGGUCACAUUUCAGUUCAAGGAGCCUAUUUGACAUAUGAAGACACCUACUUGGCUGUUACUGGUGGAUCUGGGAUCUUUGAGGGUGUGUACGGGCAGGUGAAGCUGAAGCAGAUUGUGUUCCCCUUCAAGCUGUUUUACACGUUUUAUUUGAAGGGUAUUGCUGAUUUGCCUGCUGAGCUUACCGGGAAGCCGGUAGCUCCGUCACCUAGCGUUGAGCCGUCUCCGGCAGCCAAGGCCACUGAACCCCAAGCAACUCUCAAGAACUUCACCAACUGAGAGUGGAAAGUGGAACUUCCAAAUCUAAAUUUUGUGUGUUUUAUUUUUCAUAUAGUGCUAGAUUUUGGGGUCUCUUUAUCCUGGGUGUUUUUGUUCAUGUAUGUGAGAAACUUCAAGUUAAAAUUACAGUAUCUAAGUCUGUGUCGAAGCUAAUGGAGCUCUCUAAUGGUGCCAUUUCUCUUGCUC